CACUCAUCGAGCCGAUCCUGUUUGAUGAAGAAGUGAAAAAUGGAGACUACAUCUUUCUUCGUCCUAGUUCUCUGUGCAGUCUUUUGUGGAACAAAGGCCGAUCGUCCAAAGUUUUCAGUUCGUGUUUCUGAUGAGUUCCUCUACAUUGGAAAAAGCGUUAAAGUUGUCCUCACAACCCAAGUUACCGAGCCGACACCUCUCAAGUUUAAAAUCAAAGUCCCUUUUAAUGUCUCUGCUUACAUGAGGAUACUGGAGUACAAGAUGAGUGUCAACGACUCUCAGAUCUCUAUUACCGGCAGUAAAACGCCUAACAUGACAUCUUCAGCGAAGAAUGAAAACAUUAUUGACAUUGUGUCCUUAGACUUGGGUCAGGUGACACCGAUUGGUUCUGUUGAUAUUAUCAUGAGCUUUUACGCUCAACUCCUUGAACAUCCUCUAGCUUGUAACGGUGAAGACUUGUGGAUAAAUCUGGGUGCCGAGUUUACAAACUCGUCCAUUUGGGCUCAUCAACAUGCUGUCAAGAGGUUUGCUGGCAUCGACAUGGAACCGGUUCUCAAUGCCUCUUUGAAGAUUCCUAAGAUGGAGCAAGACGGCACACUGCUUGACGGUACAACAGUUGAUAUCCACGUUCGUGUAACUCACGACCCUCACAAGACAUCAGCAGAAGUCAUCAAUGCAAAUAUAGCCCUUCUUCAUCCUGAGUUCCUGGUACACAACGCCAUGGCGAAAAACCAUUCGGAUUCUGUCUCUGUGAGCGUCACGAGUUCAUCYACGACCGCAAGGAUUCUUGGGGUAUMUUUAGUGUCGGAURAAUUUCGGAACWUGUUCGUCACUUCACUGAUAGUCUCGGCUGCAUCUCGGCUGCAUCUCGGCUGCUAUCUGUUAAAAUACAUGCCAGUAUUCUUUUUAUURCAGACASCWGCAUUAAAAUACUCCGACUUYGUGGAUUAUAAACUAACUUUCACAAUUGACCCCAAUAAAUCAAAASCCAAGGGGAAAAUCCACGAAGGUCAUAUUGCUCUUCAAGUUUCCUUCAACUACUCGUCACCUUUUUAUGGCACGUCAAGGAUUGGGUAUCUCAGAAAACCAGAAUACAACACUCUUAAGUUCUACUCGAAGAGAGCUUCCUGUGAGACARCGUUUGGWAUGGCCAGCGGUACUCUUCCUAACAAUCAGAUUMGAGCAUCGUCUCAACCAGCGUCAGGAAUGGUUGCAAGUGAUGGAAGACUUAAUGGCCCAAAGGCCUGGGUACCAGCAAGCCAGUACAAUACCGGCUGCUCGGGAAAAAAKUUUGAUCUGACAUUUAUUAGAWAUGGCUUURACGAAUUCAUAGAGGUCAAUUUGAAUGGAAUCAAAGAAAUCACCAGRAUKGACAUGCAAGGAAAUCCUGUGACCGGUUCGUGGGUCAAUUUGUUUCGYCUGUUCUACAGCUUAGAUGAUGCUGUACUAUGGGAUAUGUACAAAACAAAGAACGGAAAAAAGAUUCUGAAGGGCAAUACUGCACCAAACAAAGUAGCGGUCAUACCUCUUGAUCCAACAAUCCAUGCAAAACGCAUUCGAAUAAAUCCAACAGCUUGGACUAAGGAAAUAGGUUUGCGAAUCGAGCUGUAUGGUUGUGCUUCCAGCUCGUCUGCUCCUGCAGGUUAGGGUCUGAACUUGUCGAUUUGCUUACGUUUAUUUAAUUCAUUUUUU